AAAAUCUAUACCUCUCCGAAUCUCUUCCUCUUUUCCUCUUCUCUCUCUCUCUCUCUCUUUUUUUUCUUUUUUCUUUUUUUUUUUUUUCUCAGCUACCCAUUUCUCUGAGAGACUGAAAAAAAAAAAAAACAGAAAGGAAAGAGAGUAGAGAAAUUUGUUUUGGGUUUUUAUCCAAAUAUAUAUAUAUAUAUAUAUAUAUAUAUAUAGAGAGAGAGAGAGAGAGAGAGAGAGAGAGAGAUCAAAAAGGAUGAGUAGGAGGAAAUUAGGAGAGAAGCAAUUAGAUAGUGAAGCUCAUGAGACUCCUUUCCAUGUCCUUCACAAAUUACCUCCUGGUGAUUCCCCUUAUGUUCGAGCUAAGCACGUCCAGUUGGUUGAGAAAGAUCCAGAUGCGGCUAUAGUUCUAUUCUGGAAGGCAAUCAAUGCAGGGGAUAGAGUUGAUAGUGCCCUCAAGGACAUGGCAGUAGUUAUGAAACAGCAAGAUAGAGCAGAAGAAGCAAUCGAAGCGAUAAAAUCUUUCAGGGAUCGUUGCUCAAGACAGGCUCAGGAAUCCUUAGACAAUGUACUUAUUGACUUAUACAAGAAAUGUGGAAGAAUUGAUGAGCAGAUAGAGCUAUUGAAGCAGAAGCUUUGGAUGAUUUACCAUGGAGAAGCCUUCAAUGGUAAGCCUACCAAGACGGCACGUUCUCAUGGCAGGAAGUUUCAGGUCACCAUCAAGCAAGAGACCUCCAGAAUACUGGGUAACUUAGGUUGGGCAUACAUGCAACAAGGAAACUAUCUAUCAGCAGAAGUGGUAUAUCAAAAAGCUCAGAUAAUUGAUCCAGAUGCUAACAAAGCUUGCAACUUGUGUCUCUGCCUGAUCAAACAAACACGAUAUGCUGAUGCAUGGUCAGUUCUCAAUGAAGUGUUGCAAGGUAAGCUUGUAGGAGCAGACGACCCCAAGUCAAAAAACCGUGUUGAGGAAUUGCUGCAGGAACUGAAUCGAUGCCAAUCCGAGAAGUUGUCAUCAAAUUCGUUAGGGUCAAAAAUAGAAGAUGCUUUCCUUGAGGGGCUUGAUCAGUUGAUGAACCAAUGGACCCCAUUUAGAUCAAGGAGACUUCCCAUCUUUGAAGAAAUAUCUCCAUUUAGAGAUCAAUUAGCUUGUUGAUUUCUAUAGCUUCCUCCACUUGUUCGUUUUUGUAUGUGCUACGUCUGAUUGUUACAACAACAAAAACUGGUAAAUAACUCUGAUCAGUAUCUGUAUAAAACAAAACCUGCAAGUAAGUAAUAUGAAGCCGAUCCAUAUAAUCCCUUCUUGGGUUUCCUGUAAUAAGAUUCAGGUUUGCAGUCUUUCAAGCAGUCAUUGUGGUGUGAAAAAGCCAAAAAGUAAAGAAUUUUUUUGGCAAUAAAGCAAUGGAUUGUAAUUUUGUAUGGAGACCUUGUUAAAUAAUCAAGGUUUACACUGUAUUAUAAUAGAUAAGAGAUGGGCGAGUUUUGUUUGGCACCGAA